UGAGUGAGAAUCAGAGGGUACAAAACACGAUGUUGACUCGCAGAGGACAGUGUGUGUCUGAGUGAGAUAGAGAGAGAAAGGGGUGGUACGAACGUGGAGUGUGAACGUCUCUUGACAAAAGAAAGUUAGUAAGAAAGACAAAAGGAGAAAAAUAUACAGUGCAAGCUAUGGCAGAAAUGACAGCGACAAUGUCAGAGUGAGCGCAUUGGGUGAGAUUGCUGGAUACUUAAUGAGACGAAGACCCCCCAAAACACCAUGGGUGUGCGCAGUACGUGCCUGCCAAGGAGUUUAUCCUGGUGGUCUCUCACAGUAAUGCUGGGCAUCUUUGUGGGUAUCUCUAGAGAAGCACUUACACCUCAGUUUCUUCGCAGAGUUUAUGAGGUUAUCCAUGUGAACUCGACGAUUCCAUACUGUUACACCACAAAUGAAUUUGAUCUGGUUUGCUUCUGGGAGAGCGAGGAACUGGAAAAUUCAACAUACACCUUUCAGUAUGAAUAUGAUGGCCAAGUCAAGUCUUGCAAUCUGAUGACACAGGCAUCCUCCGCCGACACCUGGUGGCACAUAUGCAAUUUCCCAAUGAGCGACGUAAACUCGUUCACACCCAUAGACAUUGGAGUGUCUAAAAGUGACAACAGCAGCAAAGUGAUGUACAGGAAGACGGUAUACACCGAUCAAGUGGUGUUCUUGGAGCCUCCCAGGAAUGUGACAGUGAAAGAGACAAACACUCCGCGAGUCUACAUGGUAUUCUGGGAGCCACCCAUCAUGAGCUUCGAGGACAGCAUUACAUAUCAGGUCAGCUGCACACCCACAAACGAUGACGAGCAAAUGAAUGAAGGUGAUGGUAUCACAGGGCAGAACAAUUUUUUGCUGACACAGCUUAACGCUAAUACUCGCUAUUCAAUCCGAGUGAGGGCCAAAAUGAAUGGCUAUUCAUAUAAUGGGUACUGGAGCGAGUGGACUCAGCCGAUAGUUGUACAGACAGACUUUGAUCCGUUAUACAUUGUGCUGUGUGUGGCAGUUGCGUUGUUGAUGGUCAUCAUACCACUAGUCCUGUUAUUGAAAUAUAUCAGUAUCAUUAAACACAGGAUUUGGCCACAGGUCCCCACCCCAGAGAGCCACUUUCAAGACCUCUUCACAAUCCAUAAGGGAAACUUUCAGCUAUGGCUUGGCCAAGCAGACUUCUACCUCAUGUGGUUCUCCAGACAUAUCUUCUAUGAAGCCCCAUACUCUGCUUUGGAAGUUCUUUCAGAAUUGCCAUCCGCACCAAUGCCACAGUGCCCUGCUAUACAGCUGCCCUCCAAGGAUAAUUAUGUUAUAUUAAAUGAUAAUAUCAUGCCACAGCUCCCUGCAAUGGUAAAUGGCAGAUGGCAGCCAUUCAGCUGGACAGAGCCACCAAGGAGAGAAUCCAUUGUGUUCAAUCCUGAGCCUGAGGAGACUACAAAAAGGAAGAAUGGACUAGUAGGGUUUGGCUGGCUGGAGACACAGAGUACCGAAACCAACCAUACAGAUUCCGGUGUUGGUGAGGCAUCCACUAUUGAGAAAAGUCAGGAGGAAACAUUUAAAUGUGAAAAUGACAUGAUAAAGGGUCCCAAAAUAGAGAGUGACUGGCUAAGGAUGUCAUGUGUGGAUAACUAUUGCCCCGAGGAAGGGAAGCAGAGUCCAGCCUCUAGCUUUGAGUAUACUAUAGUGGAGACAUGCGAUGGACUCCUAUCUCCCAAACCACGUCCACUACCUCCUUCUCCUCCAUCCUUGAAGUAUGCAUAUCUUCUCAUGUCUGACUCUGGAGAAGAAAGUCGUCCUCCAUCUCCCAAUCUUUAUCAGAACAACCAAUUUCUACCCCCUCUAUACUCACAAUGCUAACUGCAAGAUUUUUAGGUGGUGAUGUAAAAGAGAAAGAAAGGCUCAAAAGUAUCAGAAAUAAAUGAGUCAAAAAUGAGCAAAGAAUCGGGAAGGACAAGCAUUUGGAGCAUUGGAUUUUCCUUAAGGCAAUAUAUGUACAUAUAAUCCAAUAAUGCUCCACAAAAUGUUACAAUCCUGACAUCAUUCCCAUGAAUCAUUCACAUUCAAUGAAUUACACUGACCUGUGAAAUUCUUCAUUUUUCAUCCCAUAGAAUGGAAGACUCUUAAAAAUGGAAAAUGUGAUGAUUCAUUUCUAACCUGUCAAGACUGAUCUUCCAUUGUUUGUGCAGUCUAGUUGAAGGUCUUGGGGCCGUAGUUGAAAUAUGAUGCUCUUGUCUCCAUGGUCUUCAAAAUCUGAGACAGUCUUACUCCAAUAGGUUCCCCUGAAAACUGAAACUGCAUUACACUGUUCUACCGUAACCAAAACGUUAUACUUUUUAUACACUCUCAUUCCAACUAUUUUUUAAAUAAGCUGAUGUUGCACUAUUUAGUGUGGUGCCCUAAAGGAGUGGUUUCCAACCAUGACAGACUCAAAGCACACUUCAAUGAGAUAAAAGAUUCCUAGGCCCACCUACCUUUUUGGUUUCUUUCUAUCUUUGUCAGCUGCUUAUACACGUCACACUCAAUCAAAUAUUACGAAAGAGGUAUAUACUCCUAGACAAACUGACCUGUUAAUGCUGACAUCUGUUUUAAAAACUUAUAUUUUGCACCGCAGUCAACUUAAUAUAGCCAUUGGCUCAUGGCACAUGUAGGUAGCUUAAGACCAACCAGCAAGCCACGAAACAGGGGUCAAAAACCACUGCUCUUGGAAGCCACCAUGUUCAUUGACUUGAUUUUGUUGGGUUCGGGAGUUCUUGGAAAUGUUUCUGUUAAAGCGAAGGGUCAUCUCUGAACAAAUACAUGGAGUGUUAAUAACUAGAAAGGAAAGAAGCAAAAAGGAUUCCGAGUCGAAAGUUGAGAGGAGGACAGCGUUUUUGUUUUUGUUUUGUUUUUUUUCGGAGAGAGAAGGAGGUUUAUGGUGGGGGAAAGAAAUCAGUUGUCUUUCUCGUUGUUGGAAACUGUGGUUUAUAUGUAAAAUAAAACUGUAAUAUAUAGCUUAUUACUGCCAUUUACAUGUAUAAGGAAAUAUAAGGUGGUCAAGAACCAACUAAUAUGUGAUGCGUGCCACGUCUUUGUGUUUGGAAGAAGACAUUCCCUUUGAUGUAAAAAACAGUUGUUAUUUUUGUCACUGAGCAAUAGUUUAAAGGGAAACUAUAGUGCUAGAAAAAUCUCACACUAUACCUCCCUAUAGUGCCACCCUCACUCGCCCUCCCCCCCCCUUCCCUCGUCAUGGAACACUGAUGUCCCUCAGCGCUGGGCCUGACUCCGCUUCUGGUCCUCCACCGACAUCAGUUGGCAGGGGGGACCUAAUGGGUAGUGAGCGCAGUGCUCGCAUUAGAACCUUUCUUAUAUGAGAGCAUUAAAGCUUUGUUUGAUGCGUUCCUAUGGGAUUUUGCAUGACGCUGGAUGUCCUCUAGCAGAGCGUGAAACUGUUCUGCGUCAGUUACGUGACCAAAAGUUGCCUUAUGAUCUGGAAGUCCCUCUGAUGGCUGUCUAGUAGACAGUCACUAGAGGUGGAGUUAACCUACCAAGGUAAUCAUGGCAGUUUAUAAAAUAAAUUGCAAUAAUUACAAUUGCAAGGUUAAAGAGCCUGGGACACUGCACUAGGACCACUUCAAUAAGCUGAAGUAGUCUGGGUACCCAUAGUGUCCCUUUAAUAGUUACUUUGAAAAACAAUGUAUUGGCAAUCAGAUGUUAAGAACCUCUACUAUAGAUUUUGUACAUAUACAUUUGUAUGCCUGUGGCCAUGUGUCUUCAUGAAUAUUACAAUUUAUUUUAAAUAAAAGUUUAUAUUUUUGUAUUUUUUGUAACACUGUGAUUGUGAUAUUGAAAUUAAACUAGACAAAUUGUGGAUUGUGUCUCCAUACAGAAAACCAAACAAACAUUCAAUAAUAAGGGCCUUAAUUUUAUAUUUUUGCAC